AUUACCUGCAACCUCUAAAGUUGUCGUUGAACUUAAACAUCUUCUACAGAGACAUCUCUAAAAUGACUUCUGAGUUUGAACUCUGUCCUGGGAGAAGAAUCGGGGGCUCCAGCCCCUGUUUCAUCAUCGCUGAGAUCGGCCAGAACCACCAAGGCGACAUCGAGAUUGCCAAAAAAAUGAUCCAAAUGUCAAAGGACUGUGGUGCUGACUGUGUGAAGUUUCAGAAGAGCGAAAUUGAGCACAGAUUCACAAAACAUGCUUUAGAGCGUCCUUACACGUCCCCUCACGCCUGGGGCCCAACCUAUGGAGCUCACAAGCGUCACCUGGAAUUCAGUCACGAGCAGUACAGAGAACUGCAGCGCUACGCAGAUGACAUCGGGAUCUUCUUUACAGCAUCAGGGAUGGACGAGAUGGCUGUAGAAUUUCUUCACGAGAUAAACGUGCCGUUUUUCAAAGUGGCCUCAGCUGACACAAACAACAUACCUUACCUGGAGAAAACUGCCAAAAACGGUCGUCCCAUGGUGAUCUCCAGCGGUAUGCAGUCGAUGGAAACUAUGCGCUGUGUUUAUCAAACAGUGAAGAAGCACAAUCCCAACUUCACAUUCCUGCAGUGCACCAGCGCUUAUCCACUGCCGACAGAGCACAUCAAUCUCAGUUUGAUUCCUGCGUUCCAGAAGGAGUUUCCGGACAUUCCGAUUGGUUACUCUGGACAUGAGACGGGCAUCCUUGUGUCUGUGGCUGCAGUGGCACUGGGGGCAAAGGUCUUGGAGCGUCAUGUGACCCUGGACAAGACCUGGAAAGGCAGUGACCACGCAGCCUCGCUGGAGCCGGCGGAGCUUGCAGAACUGGUGAAAGCCAUCAGGACUGUAGAGAUGGCCAUGGGUUCACCAGUCAAACAGAUGCUGCCCUGUGAAGCUUCUUGUCACAGCAAGUUGGGGAAGUCUGUGGUCGCCCGGAGGCCGCUCCGCAAGGGUGUGACGUUAUCUCUCGACAUGCUGGCAGUAAAAGUGGCUGAACCGCAUGGUGUGGCACCAGAGAACAUCUUCAAUCUGGUGGGCAAAAAAAUUUCAGCGGACGUUGGAGAUGAUGUCGCCAUAACUGAUGCCAUCAUAGAAUAUUAAUCACCAGAUUCUCUAUGCAGUGUGUUUUGUGUUGUUGGGGAAGGGAUGAAAUGAAAAAAAAAGAUUUCAUUCUGUAUAAAUAGCAUGUAUCUUUUGGAAAAUAAAUAUUAAUUGUAAUAAGAAGAUCAUCCAAUUUUCCUUUAGAAUGAAGUUCUUUGGAACCAAGCUUGAUUCCACAUUUGCAGAUAAUAUAUUAAAUUAAUUGUUGUUAUCUACUUAAUUUUAAUAUGUACAAAUGUGCAUAUUUACUGCGAUAAACUGGGAGUAUGUAUAAAUGGUUGGUGCAAUGUAUGUAAAAUUUCUAAUCAGUUUAUUAAUAAAAAAGUAAUAAAUUAUUGUUUAAAAUACACCAAAAUAAAAUUGAAAUAAAAAUAUAUCACAAACAA